CGACACAGAUCUCUGGUUGAUCUUUGUAAUAAAAGAAAUACGGGCGUUUCUUACAAUUAUUGUGUUGGAAAUUAUAAAAAUCCAUAAGAAAACUAAAAUAUAUUUAUUGCAACUAAUUCAAAAUGUGUUAAAUACGAGGCUGUAUCACAAAGUUUUAUUAAAAAUGGCUUUUAAUUACACUAAUUUAGGCCAUCAAGGCUUAGAAAAUAUGAUGCCCUUUUUUAAUACUCUGGCCAAUGGAGCAUCUAUGCCACCACAUGCCAACUUUAUGAAUCAUUUAGCUGCCGCUAUGAAUAAUACACCUACAACUCAUGCGUCUGCUACACUGCACAAUACUUUGCCAACUACACCAGCAGCAGCAUCAACAAGUAAUUUUAAUGCUACAAAAACAGCAACAAAAACAUCAAGACGUAAUCCAGAGCCUCCGCCGCCACCUCGCUUAAGAUCUCCAAGUCCAACACGUAAUAAUGUCAAACCGAAUCAAGGCACUGCGCCAAUGGACUUGGAAAAUGAUUUAGAAAAUGACACGCCCACUGUAGUUGCUACUACCACAAAUACAGUGGGAGCACAAAGUGAUUCCACACCCAAAUUAAACACAGAUAAAAUGCCAUUAAAUAUGCCAGAUUCUAGUUUGUAUUUAAAUGGUCUAAUGGCCGGUCAAAUAUGUGCAAAUCCAGGAUUUAUGUUUUUUCCUCCAAAUCCUGCUGCGGGUACUGCAGCUGCCAAUAGCUUAAUGGAUCCAGCCACAAUGAUGGCUGCAAUGCAGCAAAUGCAACAAUAUGGAGCCUAUGCUAAUGGAGCACUAGCCGAUCCCUCGAACACAAUGGAUCCCAAUAAAAUGGGUCACACAAAUAUUGCAGAAAAUUUUAACGGCUCACCAGUGGCCACCAAAGAAGUUAUAAAAACUAAAAGCUGCAUGCUUUUGCCUCCCAAUCCUAAUGCUCCACCACCCACUAUACGUGACAGGCCUCCUGGUUGUCGUACGGUUUUUGUGGGCGGUCUACCAGACAUUAUAACUGAGGAAAUAGUGCGUGAGAUAUUCGAGAGUUGUGGAGAAAUCUCAACAUUACGCAUGUCCAAGAAAAACUUUUGCCAUAUACGUUUUCGCCAUGAAGAGUCCAUUGAUCGUGCCAUAUAUUUUAGCGGCUAUCGGGUGCGUCUCAACAAUACAAAUGAUCAAGCCAGUUUUGGACGUCUACACAUUGAUUACGCCCAAGCUAGAGAUGACCAAUACGACUAUGAGUGCAAGCAGAGACAAUUGCAACGUGAACAACGACACCGCGAACGCAUGUCUUUAGAUCGUUUACGUUCUCAAUCUCCCCCUCCCAUACCACACUAUACCGAUCAUGAGGCCUCUAUGGUGGCUGAAAGUUUGCGAAAUAACGACACUUUUGUUAAGGCUGUGCAGACUAUAACAAUUUGGCUGGAACGUGGUGAUUGUACUAAACGCAAUGCUAAUGUUUUCUAUUCGAUGAUACAAAGUACUCAUGCUCAUGUCAGACGUUUGACAGGUGAUAAACAACAAUUGGAGGAGGAUUUGCGUAAAGCUCGAGAAAGUUUUCGCAAACAAAUGUUGACCAUGACAGCUCAGUUCACUCAGAUUGAAAAAGUGUUUAAUGCUGCUAGUCACAAGAAGGUUUGGGACCAUUUCACCAAGGCCCAAAGAAAAAACAUCGAUCAAUGGAAAAAAUUGGCAACGGAAUUGCGAUCAAUACAAAUUGAAGAUGAUGAAAUGGAAAUGUCCGAUGAGGAUCGUGAUUAUCAAACGACUACACAUACGAAACGUAAACGUUACGAUAGUGAUAAUUUAAAGGAGGAAAAUGAUUCCUUGCGACAUCAACUGGAAGCCAUGCGCAAUGAAAUGAGUCUUGAACGUACUGAUCUCAAGUAUAAUAGUGAUUUUCGUGAAAAACAAAUGAAAGUUCUGCAGGAAACCAUACGCAAUAUGCAGACACAAUUGCUACAAACAAAAAUGCGUGAACAGAAGGAUGCCAAGACCAUAGAACAAUUGGAGAAACGUUUAAAAGAGGCAGGAGUUAAGCAGCUUUUGCUUAAGACUAAAAUACGUGAAACUAAUGAAAAACUUAAGGAUCGUGAAGCCUGUGCCUCAGUCUAUUCAGAGUCAAGUGAAAUACAAGAUUUAGAUGAGGAGGUGGUAAUGCAAACACCCUCAAAGAAACUGGACAACUCGCAAAUUAUAGAUAUUGAUGUUGAUAAAAGUGAUGAUGAAGUAAAGAUCAUAGAAGAUAUCAAUGAAGUUGAAGAAAUUCGUCAAAAAUAUAAAGAGAAAGAGAAGCUAAAGGAACAGAAAGAUAAAGAGGAAAAAGAAAGAAGUUCCAUUUUUGAAGUAACCACAACAGAUGAUAAGCAUACCGAAAUUGAACUAGUUCAGGAACUGGAUCAACAACAAAAAGUCAAAGAGAAAUCUUGCGAGGUAACCACAGCAGAUGAAAAAGAUCCACAAGAAAAAUCUCUAAUAACAGCUAAAGAGCCCUUAAACCAAGAUGAAGCUAAACUUAUAGCCUUAACCACAGCCUAUUUGUUAAUACAACCUUUGGGCUCUACCUCCCAGUCAAUUUGCGAUUAUAUCAAAACUAUAACUAAAGAUUCUCACAUACAAGCAACAGAUUUAAAUAAAAUUCUACAAAAAUAUACAAAUAUUUUCGAAACAACUGUACACAUUGAAGAUUCCAUGGAGUUCGGGGAUCAUCAGAAGAUAAUUUGGAAAAGUUGUGCUUUAACGGUGUAAUCAAACGUUUUUGGAUCAUUAAACAUUUGGAACAAUCAAGUGAAGAAGAGACCAUUUUUUUUUAUAUAACAUUAAAUUAAACUUUCGGUUAUUGUUUUAACACAUACAUACAUAUUUCUAUAUAUUGGUUAUAUAAUAUACCCUUCAGUACGCAAAGUGUCAAUUUGCA